AUGCACGGCCGGCACCGACGUCUACGGGUUUACCCCGGGUCUCAUGACAGGGACAGUACUACUCGAGAGCGAGACGAAAGCAUUACCAUUCCUAACCGUUCCUUCCUCUCGGAGAAUCUUCACGUCCUUCGACUAGUUUUUAUGAAUGUCGUGCGACGUGAAAACGCUCUCGUCGUACGGGACUUUGGCUCUACGGUCAAAGUCCAGUACGGCAAUAUGAGAAAAUCACAUUAUGACUUUUAA